CGCAGGUAGCGCUAGCUCAUGUAUACUCCAGUCAAACACCCAUUCUUCUACACCAAAAAGUGACCAACACUCAAAACAGUUCACACCCAAUGUCCAAACGCCAGAUUGAAAACACCAGUGAUAGUGACUCCGACUCCGACGAUGUUCUAGGGCCGUCAUUACAACCAUCAGUCACCAAGGACGCGAAGGGCCCUACCACCAAGAGGAAAAAAAGAACAGUGGUUAUCGACGACUACAACUUAUUCAACGAGUAUUACAACUACUCAUACAAGAACGAGUCCAGGAUCACCAGUUUGGCAAAGACCCCCGAUGAUACGCUCAUUGUCACCGGAUUCCGCAAUGGAAUGGUGAAAUUCUGGCAGAAGGAUCAGCAAGAUGUCAAAAGUUCGGUGGUGCAGAAGGACAACGAGGACGAAGACGAUAGAUAUGGGCAACUCAAAUGUGUCAAGCAAUUUCUAGCCCACCCCGACUGCGAAGUGAGGCAGCUCCUUGUAAACCAAGAUGGCCUGAAGCUAGUGAGUGUGGGCGAAAAUGAUGCAACUCUCAAGGUGUUCGACCUUAAGUCAUUGGAUAUGAUCCAAGUCUUGAAUACUGACUUCAUCCCGAACACCAGAACCAGCGAAAGCAACUGCUGGUUUUAUACGAACAAUGAAGAGAAGUUGUUAGUCAAUGAUCAAGACUCAAAUAAAAUGGUGGUUAUGACUGAGGAAGAAAUCGAAAUGAUUGACUCGCCACAUAAGCACCCGAUCCAUUGCAUGUCCUUUAACUCGAAGUACCAGUGCUUCUUAUCUUCAGAUAUAAGAGGAAUUCUAGAGUAUUGGUCUCCUUCCACUCGUACUCUACCCGAUGGUAUCAGCUUCCAGUACAAAUCGGAGACUGAUUUAUUUGAAUUGGUAAAGAGCAAAUCGAAGCCCUCCUCUAUUUGCUUCAGUGAAGACCAACAAAUGUUUGCGACUAUCUCAUACCCUGAUAACUUCAUCAGAUUAUUCAAUUUCAAAACAGGAAAGUUAAUCAAGAAACUAGACGAGUCGCAUGUUUCUACUGUAAAGAUGAACCCUUCCAGUUUUGAUUUUGAAAAAUAUGCCAAUUCAAGGAAUAUUUUGUUUGAUAAAAACGACAAGGUUUUGAUUUAUCCUUCACUUCAAGGCAUUAAAAUAUUGAACCUACAAACAAAUAAAUUAUUGAAAGUGAUAGGAACAAUUGACCAAGAUUCGUCGUUUUUACAAUUCAAUCAACUACGUCUAUUCAAAAGACUGAAUGUUGAAAAGUUUAGUCUGGAUAUGAUCUCGUCUAAUAAUUCUAUUAUUCAAUCCCAAUUGAUAAGGAGACCUUUGAUCAUAUCAUCUUCCAUAAAUUCCAACUGUCUAUACAUUUUUGGCAACAAGAAGAAUAGUAGGAAUUCAUCACCAAAAACUGAAUACUCCAAAGUUGUUCUCCACACCACACUUGGAGAUAUCAAGAUAAGUCUUUUUGAGAAAUUGACCCCCAAAACAGUCGAAAACUUUGUAAAGUUGUGUCAAAAAAAGUAUUACAAUAAUGUAAUCUUCCACAGAGUAAUAGAAAACUUCAUGAUUCAAACAGGAGACCCAUUAGGAGAUGGUACUGGUGGUGACUCAAUUUGGGGAGGCCACUUCAAGGAUGAGUUCAACCACCUUUUGAAUCAUUCCAAACCGUUCAUGGUAAGCAUGGCCAAUGCGGGGCCCAAUACAAAUGGUUCCCAAUUUUUCAUCACUACUGAGCCUGCCCAGUUUUUAGAUAACAAGCAUACCAUAUUUGGAGAGGUUAUUGAAGGGUUUGACACGGUGAAAAGUAUUGAAAAGGUCCAGACCGAUGAAAGUGAUAAACCGCUUGACCAAGUGGCUAUUCUAUCAACUUCAUUAAGCUGAAAAAAAAAAAAAAACCAGCUUCAAAAUUAAGGAUAAAGUU